UUAUAUAUAUGAGAUGAAGCCUAAAGGCUCAACAGAAGAUUAUAUCAAAGAUUAGUGAAAAGAAAGAAAGCUAUGGAAGUAGAGAGUGAGCUAAAAACCUUGAUUACAGUAGGGCUAUUCACAUAUGUAUCCUUGUCCUACUGUUACCACAUUGCAGCAAAGAUCCCAAAGGGCUUGCCUAGGCUCCUUGCCCUCCUCCCGGUCAUGGUCCUACUAUUCAUCUUCCCCUUCAAGCUCCACUCGAUCUAUCUCUGUCACCCUCUAGUGCUUUGCCUCUCUUGCCACACCAACUUCAACCUCCUCUCACUCGCCUUCGAUCGAGGUCCCUUGUCGCCGCCCAAGGCAGCGGAUCUCGAUGUUUUCAUCCUCACAGCUUGUUCUCCGUUCAAAAUCAAACAACCCCAUCACUCCAAAGUGCCCUUGGAUUUGAUCCUAGAGGCUGCAAGUAAAGGUUCAUUGUGGAUAGUUUUCACCUUGGUUUCUUAUAGCUACAAAGAGUGUUUCCACAGACUUGUUUGGUUACUCAUCUUCGGGUUCCAAGUUUGGCUUGCGGUAGACGUUCUUUUAACCAUGGUUGUAAUCCCAGCUCAGGUCAUCCUUAGGGUUGAACUCGAGCCACACUUCAACUCACCUCUCUUGGCCUCAUCGUUGCAAGACUUCUGGGGCCGAAGGUGGAACCUCAGGGUAUCCGAAACGCUCCGUCUCGUCGUUUACGACCCGAUAAAAAGCGUUUCGAUACGCUUAAUCGGAGCCCGAUGGAGUUCGUUGCCGCCGGUUUUCGUAACGUUUGUCGUCUCCGGUCUGAUACACGAACUGCUGUAUUACAGCAUAUUACGGAAAAACCCCACGUGGGAGAUAACCUUGUUCUUCGUCCUGCAUGGGAUUUUCGUGGACAUGGAGAUUAUAUUGAAGAAGAAGCUCAAGCUGAGGCUUCACAGGGCCAUUACAGGACCACUGGCUAUGGCGAAUCUCACAGUCACUUCUGUCUGCUUGGUUCUUGCUCCGCUCCUGAGAAAUCGCGUUGACGAAAGGAUAAUCUACGAAUUCAACCUGUUUCUGGGCUUCUUUUCGGGUUUAUUUCCAUGGAGGUCGUUGAACUUUCAAAAGUUAUAAAAUAGUCAUUAUAUCUAUUAAACUACUACGAAAUGAUUAUUGUGACGUUAUAAUAAUUGUGAUAUUUUGUAAUAGUUUGAUGAAAUUUGAUCUAU